GCACUUUCGUACCAUCCGACGAAACCAAGCAGUGUUCCACAGGCACAGCCCGAUUUCCGGCGCGGCUGCCGCUGGGUCGGAUGUCGGGGACGAUGUGACUGAUGCGAAAGUGCACUAACGCCGAUGAUACCACACUUACGACCGAAAAUAGGAAGUUUUGUCAUUAUUGUUGCUUCAAAACUACACCCAAUGCACUGUUGUGAUGUAAUCGGACUGGAAAAAUCAGCUGGUAGUUGCAUUCGAUCCUUUUUUUCCUGGAAAAGAGAUUCCUGGUAUGGGCAAAGGCCGAGGACGAGGUUCAGGUUCGAAGCGAGCGAUUUCCCCGAGUUGGUUUUACAAAGAAAAUGUUCUUAAAGAUACCAUACCGGUAUACCGGCUGUAUACUGUGCAUGCAUCACAUGCAUAUUUCAUGCAUUAUACAUAUGCGCAGGCUAGGCAGGGCAGGCGGCCACUGGGUUUGGAGUGAAAUGAACUGAAUUUUGUCUGCUCUGUAAUUCUUCUUGUAAUCUCACUGUUGCAGUACGUGUGAAAGUAAAAAUGAGUGCCGGAAGUAGUAGGCUAUCUGUAGCUUCACAAUUUUUUAUGGACGAUGAUGAUGGAGGAGAAGGACAAACCGUAUCCGAUCGGGUUGUUGACUUGCUGCAACAAACCCACACUUUACCCAGGGAUUCUCAGAAGAUCAACAACUUGACCCAAGUCCAGCAACUUAUUAUUGACAAGGAUCCUUCUCUACUUGAUAAUUUUCUUGAUGAAGUUCUUCAGUUUCAGUUUGAUGAUUCCAUAGAAGUAAGGAAAUUUGUACUCAGCUUUGCAGAAUGUGCCUGCAAGAAAGACAAUCAGAUUUUAUGCACAGUGUUGCCUCGUCUUCAUAUGAUGCUAACAGAAGAAAACCAACCUGCUGCGGUCAUCAAGAGGGUCAUUUUAUGUACCUCUCAACUGUUCAGAGUGACCAUCAAAUGGAUAGCCGGUGUGAAAGAUAUUCGAGAGGAGAUCGAGGCCGGCUGGGCAUCUCUGAUGUUGAUGAAGAAGAAGAUUGUAUCAGAGCUAUUAGAUGAUGAUAACGAUGGAGUGCGAACAUAUGCCAUCAAAUUUUCAGAAAUGAUAGCUACUACCCUUUCUGCUAAGUCCUCUGAUUCAUUAGUACCAAAGAGAGCUGAAUCCGAUAUCACUCUUGAUCAGUUCCCAGAUGGUAACUCUCUCCUUAUCAAGAAGAAGUUGCAGCAUGAAGGAACACAUAGUUUGGAUGCUCUCUUGAGUCUCCUGGUGUCUGCCAGUAUAUCCAGUAUUAAUCUGAUGGUGUGCAUGGGUUCACUCACAUCUAUUGCGAAACAGAGACCAGACUCUAUGCCCAAAGUCAUCCAAGCAUUUGAAAAUCUACAUGUGAACCUCCCUCCAACAUUGUCUAAAUCUCAAGUUAGCAGUGUUCGUAAAUCACUCAAGAUUCAGCUGUUUGGUCUUCUACGUCACCGGUCAUCGGUUGAUCUCAGACGUAAUAUUGGUACUCUCCUUACUGAUUUAGGAGCUUCUGAAGUUGAGAUUAUCCGUAACACACCAAGGGUAUCGGAAAGACCGAAGCGAUCUCGUAAUGAAGCAGAAGGUGAUCAGAGCACAAGGAAAAAGCAAAAGGUUCUUGAUGAUGAAGAGGAGGGUGCAGAAGGGAAGAAGAAAGACGAGCCAGGACCAAGUAAGAGGGUCACCAAAGCAACCGUGAUCGAUCUCUUGGCGGCCGAGGUUGAACCAUUGCUUCGUAACCAUGAAAACGUAGCAAACCUGGUUCUACUUAGUAUGGUUUCUUUGCCAGACACAAUGCCAGCCACAUUCCAGGCUACCUAUACACCCAUAGCAGCAGCUGGCACAGAUACACAGGUACAACAUCUAGCUAGGAUGGUCAGCAAUCAGCUAGCGGCUGCUGGUAUCAAACCUACCAAUUAUGAAAAUGUGGAGAUAGAAGAAGAGCAAGAACCACCUGAGAAGAUGGAAGAAGAAGAUUUCACUACCAAAGGAAUUCCAGUCCUUGGAGGCAAAAGUGAACCAUCUAAGGAUGAAUCAAAGAAGAAAGCUCCCAUCGUGAUUGAGGCAUCUACCAAGGGGGUGAAACGACCCAAACAUUUCAAACUUCGAGAGGUCACGCAUCUCCUGUCCAAGGAUGAUGCAGAUAAACUGGCCCAUGGUGCUGUCAGGAGGAUCAUAGCUGCAGAAAAAGCUGUAGGCCAUGGUCCAGCGGCAAAAACAAGAACAAAGAUUCUAUCUGCACUUGUAACCCAGUUUGGAGGUAACCUCUCUCAAUUGCUUGAGAAUCACAUCUUAGAGGACCUUCGUAGCCGCAAUGAUAUUGCUUUGGCCUGGCUGUAUCAGGAAUAUUCCAACAUUCAAGGUUACAUGCCGCACACCCACGGUCAGGACGUAACAACGCAGAGAUAUGAUAGUCUUCUCUGUAACCUCCUAAAGAGUUUACUUGUCAGGACAGAUCAGAGAGAUGGGUUGUUCAACAGACUUGUCAUGGAAGCACCUGUCAUUACAGAUGAUGCUCUUAAAGUCAUUAGACAGUUUUGUGAAGAUGAGACCCACUUUUAUGCUGGUAUGCAUGCCCUACGAGAGCUGAUUCUGAAGAAACCGGCGGACUUGGAGAAGUACGUGAAGGAGCUGCUUGACUUGACCCAACAUGAGAGAACUGAAGUCAGGUCUCAGGCCAUCCAGUACAUCAAGAGAUUCUAUGACAGAGCUGAUCUUAAACCACUCAUAGAGGAGUUUGCUACAUCAUUCCUGCGUAAGCUGCUGCUGAGCAGACCACCAGCAUCCCUUGUCUUGUGUCUAGCUGAUCAGGAGAUGCAAGCCGUUGCUGCGAAAGCCUGGACAGAAGAGACUACUAAGAUGUGUCUUUAUCUCUACCUAGCUCUUCUGCCCGUUAAUCACAAACUCAUUCAUGAACUAGCUAAUGUAUAUGUAGCUGCCACAGCUGAUAUCAAGAGAACUGUACUAAGAGUCUUAGAAACACCGGUACGAGGUGUAGGUAUGUCUUCUCCAGAGCUACUUCUUUUAGUAGAGACCUGUCCUAAAGGAGCUGAGACACUCGUAACAAGAAUGAUGCAUAUCCUAACAGAUAAAACUCCACCAUCUAUUGAACUUGUAAAGAGAGUUAAGGAUUUGUAUCACAAGAGAGUAUCGGAUGUGAGAUUCCUAAUCCCAGUGUUAACUGGGCUUGAAAAGAAAGACGUGAUAUCUGCCAUGCCCAAGUUAAUCCGUCUGAACCCCAUUGUUGUGAAGGAAGUAUUUCAUAGACUUCUCAUGAGCCAUCAAGCAGAGAGUAGCGGGGGUCAGAGCCCUUUGACCCCAGCCGAGCUUCUCGUUGCUCUUCAUAACAUUGAUCCUUCAAAGUGUGAUAUGAAAUCUAUUAUCAAAGCGACCAGCCUGUGUUUCAGUGAGAAAUCAAUCUACACGGGUGAGGUGUUAGCGGUGGUGAUGCAGCAGCUGAUGGAACAAACCCCGCUACCAACCUUGCUCCUCCGUACCAUAAUCCAGUCUCUGUCCAUGUAUCCCAAACUCAAAGGGUUCAUCAUGAACCUCUUACUAAGACUCAUCAACAAACAGGUGUGGAAGACACCCAAACUCUGGGAAGGAUUCGUCAAGUGUUGUGAGCGAACGAUACCUCAGUCUUUCCAAGUACUUCUACAGCUUCCCCCACCUCAGCUGGCUCAAGUAUUUGAUAUGAGCAAGGACAUGAGAGUCAAGCUCUUGGCUCAUGUACAAAACUUCUCUUCCCAUCAGCAAGCCCAUGUUCCCAAGGCAAUCAUGAAAGUUCUCGAAACCGAUCCAGUGAAAGAGAGGGAGGAACAGGAGAGGAGAGAGGCAGAAGAGAAGAGACAGAAGGAAAAGGAGGAAGAGGAGGAGAGACUAAGGCAAGAAAGGUUGGAGAAGGAAACACAAGAGGCCUUGGCUGCAGUAGAAGAGCAGGUGAGGAAGGAGGAAGCAGAGAAACGGGAAGCAGAAGAACAAGAGAGAGUGCAACAAGCUAUCAAGGCCGAAGAGAAGCCCGAGGAAGCAAGCACAGAGACGGAAGAAACGCCUGUCGGUGGGGGUACACCAACCAAAGAUGAAACAGAAGAAGAGAAAACCAAGGCGCCAGAAGAGGCGGCGCCAGAAGAGGCUACGCCAGUAAAAGCAGGUAGAGGAAGAGGACGAGGGAGGGGCGCUAAGGCAGCGCCAACUCCUCCUGCUGCGGGUGUACGUCGUAGCUCAAGGAGGAAGUAGCAAGGUCCUUAAUGAAUCUUGAUUGCUUCUCUAUUUACAACAUCUGAACUGUAGUAACUACUUUGCAUUCAACUUCAUGUAUUACCAUUGUUUAACCUGCCUUAUCAAACAACUUUACAGGGGAAAGAACAACACUUGUCUAAGUCUAUGGAGACCACACGUCUUUCCCUUGGUGGACAUUUGAACGACAAUGGCUUAAUUUGCUGUACUUUGUCUAGUAUUAUUCAUGUAUAAGGUUAUAAGUUUACACAUUGAUCAAGUGCUAGAAGUAGUAAAAGACAGAAUUACUACUUGGUAGUAAUUGUAUACAUUGUUACUUAAUGAAACGUCUGUCACAGUCUCCAUUAGGCAUUUUUCAUAGAACAGAUACAUUAAUACCAACCUAUGUACGUUGAUAUGAAUCUUUAUAUUGGUAUAUUGAUAUUUGGUAAAUUAUUUUAAAUCUUUGUAUAAUUUUAUGGGCAUUAGGGUUGAAACCCUAAGCAAGGCAUGAUAUAACAAUUAGAGUGAAGCCUGUCUUCAACUUUGAAGUAACCCCCCCCCCCCCUCCCACCCAUCCAUCUAUUGCUAUUCCAAAUCAUUACUUGUCUAGGGGAAGGUAGGGUAAGUUGAGCCACCACCCCCAGGCAGAUAAUGAAUGAGUCGUGGUGGUGCCAUAUAUUGAUGACCCAUUGCAUAACCCUAACCCCACUUCAUUGUUUUCAUCAUUGAAACAGAAAGUAGUUUUUCGGAGGGAAAAAUACAAAUUUCAGCCAAAAAAGUAAGAAAGUGUGAAAUAGAUAAGUGCAUUAAACCCAAGUGCAUGUUAAAAUAUAAUAAGGACAUAAGAUGACAAUAUUGUUAGUCCGAUAUGGAUCCUCAUUCUUGUCAUUUACAUGAUGGGUGCAUAAAAAAUGUGUGGAUGUGAAAAUAUCCCAUGAAGUUCGGACUGGGGUAGGUUGAGCCAGCCAACAUGGGGCAAGUUGAGCCAUGGUAAUUAAUAUGGUAAUGUAUAUAAAAACAAACCUUAAAAGGCCUUUGAUAUGCAGGCAGAAGGGACCAAAUUAACAAGACAGUUGUUUUACUUUUAGAGGAUGCUAGUAUUUAUAGAGAAUUAGCAAGUGAAAAGACUCUUAAAUAAAACAUUGUCACACUGGUUCUUGCCCCAUAGCUUGUGUACAUAGUUUUUGUGGCUCAAUUUACCUUACCCCAUUGUUUGGGCAAGUAGAGCCAUUUGACAUCUUUUGUUUCAAAGGUGACAGUGCCUUUUAGUGUGGGGGUAGAAAGUUUCAUGAUAUAGGUAAUGUUUCCCAAGAAUUACAUUGUAAGGCAAGGUACUUAUUUCUACAAGAUUAUUAGUCAGAUCAGUCCUAACAUGCUAAAAGCAAAAAUGGCUCAUCUCAUCCCGCCUUCCUCUAUAGUGCGUCCCAGAAAAAAGGAAACCAGGAUUUCCAUGUCUAUUUAAUUCAAACGCAAAUUAAUUAUAUUCAUAUUAUUCAAUUAUUCCUCUUUAUUUUGAUACCUAAUAUGAGAUGAACACUUCACGCAUUAAUGAGCAAACAAGUUUAAAAUUCAUGGGAUCAAGUUAGUCACAGAAUGAGUUAAGCAAGUUGUAGGAGCAAUUUGUCAAUGAAACAGUUGUUGAAACAUGUCACUUUCUUGGCUCCGUAGUACAGUACAGCACAGUACAGUACAUUCCAGGUACAUCCAGGUGGAGCGUUAUGGCCCAGUGGAUUAGUCUUCGGACUUUGAAACAGAGGGUCGUGGGUUCGAAUCCCAGCCAUGGCGUAAUUUCCUUCGGCAAGAAAUUUAUCCACAUUGUGCUGCACUCGACCCAGGUGAGGUGAAUGGGUACCCGGUAGGAUUUAUUCCUUGAACGCUUUAGCGCCUAUUAAUAUGGCGGCUCAGCUACAGCCGGGGUAAUAAUAUGAUACCAAGUAUCAAAAGCGCAGUUGAGUAUAUGCACAUAGUUAGUAACUGUGCCAUAUAUAUGGACAUAUUAUCAUUAUCAAUUUGCCUUUUGGUUUCAAUUUUCUUUUUUUCAUAUUACCUUAAAUAUGUUUAUUUCAUUUACAUCCUCACAGUGACUAUUAAAAUCAUUUCUUCUGUUGAAGUAAUGACAAAUAUUUGACCUUUGGUAAUUUGUAGACCCUUGUCAAAAAUGAAAUCAUGAUUUCGGUAAUGUACAUAUUUGUAAUUAAAAUAAAAUACUCGAUUGCAUCAGGAA